ACUGGAAUCAAGGGGUGUGUUACUGUCGGUUGGAGAUUACGGGCCGAGGGCCGAGUUUGAAAGAGAGGAAAAAAACAGGGAUUUGUAGGCUGCAGGCAUGAUUUACAGGAAAGAAAGGUGACAAAGGAGUUGACGACGUCUGUAGAAUGAGACAUAGGAUCUGCAUGGCAUCUGAUUUCUUCUACCCGAACAUGGGAGGAGUGGAGGAACACAUUUACAACCUGUCACAGUGUCUCAUUGCUCGCGGGCACAAAGUGAUAGUUCUAACCCACUCUUACGGUAAUCGUAAAGGCGUCAGAUACAUGACAAAUGGACUCAAGGUUUUCUACCUCCCAGUGCGCGUCUUCUAUAACCAGUGUGUGCUGCCGACGAUGGUUGCCUCGCUGCCUCUUAUACGCUAUAUCCUGCUGCGCGAGAGAAUUUCCGUCGUGCACGGCCACUCUGCAUUCUCGACGCUCGCUCACGAGGCCAUGAUCAUUGGCAGGCUACUCGGCAUAAAGUCGGUGUUCACAGACCACUCACUGUUUGGCUUUGCCGAUACGUCUGCCGUUAUCACCAACAAGUUCCUGGAGUUGUCGUUGGCAGCCUGUGAUCACUGCAUAUGUGUCUCCCACACUGGGAAGGAGAACACCGUUCUCCGAGCCAAGGUGCAACACAACCGUGUUUCGGUGAUCCCCAAUGCUGUCGACAUGACAGUUUUUGUGCCAAAGCCAAAGUCGGAGAACAACAGUGCAGAUAGAAUAACAAUUGUCAUUGUGAGCCGACUGGUGUACCGAAAAGGAGUGGACCUCAUGGCGCAGAUCGUCCCAGAAAUCUGUUCCAGGCACUCUGAUGUAGACUUCCUGGUGGUAGGCGACGGGCCGAAGCGGUGGCUGGUGGAGGAGACGCGGGAGCGGCACUCGCUGCAGGAGCGUGUGACGCUGGUGGGCAGCCUGCCCCACGACCGCGUGCGCGACGCGCUGGUGGAGGGCCAGCUCUUCCUAAACACGAGCCUCACCGAGGCCUACUGCAUGGCCAUCGUGGAGGCUGCCGCCUGCGGGUUGCUGGUUGUCAGCACCAGAGUGGGAGGAAUACCAGAGGUACUCCCACCUGAUCUGAUCUACCUCACAGAACCCACUGUGCCAGCUCUCCUGGAAGGCCUGGAGGCAGCUCUGUCGGACCUGAGGAGCGGUCGGGGCCCGGACCCCUGGAAGCGGCACGCCCGCGUCUCUGCCCUGUACAGCUGGCCCGACGUGACGCGGCGCACCGAGAAGGUGUACCGCACAGUCGCCAGUUCCCCUACGCACACAUUGGGGCACCACAUGAGAAGUUACGCUGCGAGCGGCGUGUGGCCCUUCCUGCUGGUGAUCUCGCUGUGCCAUCUCGUCCUGCAGCUGCUCGACUGGCUGGUGCCACGACAGUACAUAGACACUGCUCGAGACUACACCAACCCCGGAAGAGGAAACUGCGCAGCUGGUGACCAGUGGCAAUGGAAGCCGCAGGUGCGCAAGAAGAAGCCCGUGUGAUAUGCCGGCUGCGUCCUGUUGUCGCCGAAGGUGAACGGCCUGUCGAGGCUGAAGGUAUUGUCGGUGAUAUGUGGCAGCAGACCGUACACACGAGAAGAGGGGGGGAAGGUCCUGUGAUGAGUCGACAGCUUGUACUUUCUGCCUUCAACAGUUCUGCCUGGUGCAUAACGGUGGAUAUGCAAUUUGGAUCCACUAGUUGCAAAUGUGCAAAAAGCUAUUAGCUUGUGGACAGCUGCGUAGUGUUUUGAUGUAAUGUAAUGUUAAUGUUGUGAUACAUUCCUAGUCACAAGAGCUCAUCUAUUUUGGUAUGCCUUUUUUGUUCAGACAUGCAUCAAAGUACAAAAAUAAUUUAGUUACAUAUAUCUUCUCUCUCUCUCUCUCUCUCUCUCUCUCUCUCUCUCUCUCUCUCUCUCUCUCUCUCUUAUAAAUUGUGUGUGUGUGUGUGUGUGUGUGUGUGUGUGUGUGUGUGUGUGUGUGUGUGUGUGUGUGCGUGCGCGCGCGCCUGUUUUCUCAGCUUAUCACCUGAAGAUGGCCUCUUAAUUCUGAAACUGGUCAGUUAUUAUGUGCCAUUGAAUUGUAACAUCUGAAAAACUUUUGACCCCAGCAGAACCAUUAAUUUAACCCUUAAGAAAUCAAAUUCAUUUUCAGGCUACAUCCUUUUAAAAUGUUGGAUUAUUAUUUCACUCGCUAAAUGUAUUAAAAUGAAAAAGGUCGUGGAGAUUCAUUAGGAGGCCUUAUUCCAUAUAAGUAUGUUAACUUUACACACAAAAUACCCACAAAGGAAUGGUUGUUGCUUGAAGAGCCAAGCUGAGCUACUAAUUACCUACAACCCAUAAUAGCAGAGACAGUGGAAACUUCAGAGGUUAACAUAUUUACAGAUUUGGGGUGUGAGGUAUCACUUAUCUCACGCAUUUUUUAACUCUACAGAAUAAACAGCACUUGCCGUUAUUGCCAGUGACUGGAGUAUACAUAAUCGGGAUAACUGGAACAAAAGUAACUUGUAAAAUACGAAACUUGAGUGAACUGUAGUAUUGGGCAUACAUUAUUUUGUCAAGCACUAUUAAUAGUAGAGAAUAUUAAUAGAGAUGUACUGUUUGGUUUAGAUUGGUUGUUAGUUUAAAGUCUUAAACUUUGAUGAACAUCUUCUUUGUUAUGGUAGAGGGGACACUAGAUGCCGGACACCAUUUGUAACAAAUCGCCACAUAGAGGAACAAACAACAGUGUGUCAGUGUCUACGAUUAACAGCUACGUUUCCGACUUAGUGUUAGUGUGAAUCUGGGUUAUUCCAGUUUAUUCCCCCAAACCACCUUCCACUUCUUUACGAGGUGACUUACUUGGAAUUUGCAGCUACUCUUCUUUACUGGAUUGCCAGCUGCUGGAAACCCUCUUGACUUAUUCUCAAUCGAAUAAUGCUAGGUACAGACAUUUUUAGACUUUCUACUUAUGAAAUAAGUAGACAUGCAAACUUUGCUUUUCAUCGGUUAACGAUGUAUUUGGCUUUCAACGCACAAUAAAACUCUCACUUUCAACAUAUACAGGGUGAGGCAUAAAGGAUGAAUGGUUUCCAAAUGAACAAUACAUAGUUAUUCAACACUGUGCAACAUGCCUCUGUCUAUUUUGACGAUUUCCAAACAAACGGCAUCCUUCAAUUCUUAAACUGUACGUGGUUUAUACCCGUACACACAUGAUUUGAGGUAACCCCCACAAAAAGUAGUCGCACAUGGAUAGGUCAGGGAAACGAGGAGGCCAAUGAAUUUCCCCGGACCGGGAAAUAACUCUACCACGAAAAACAGUCUUCCAUAGUCAAACUUGCCAUGUGAGCUGUAGCUCCAUCCUGCUGAAACCACACUCGCCAAAUAGGAAUAAGUUUUCUUCUUAAUUCAGGUAGGAAUAAUUCGGUGAUCAUCUCUCUAUAUCGUUCAGAGGUUAGGGUUACAGUGUUCCCGUACUCGUCUUGGAAAAAGUAUGGACCAGUAACAUCUGUAUCUGUCACAGCACACCAAACAGUCGCCUUGGGACUAUGUAAUGGUUUCUCAUGCAGUAGUUUUGGCCUUUCACUGGCCCAAUAACAACAGUUGUGCCGAUUUAUCAUUCCAUUGAAAUGGAAAUGAGCUUUACCACUCCUAAGCAAAAUAAUGUUAUCAUUUUAUUCAAAUAUGGCCUCCAUUUCUCGGGAAAAAUUUAGCCACUGUUCAUAAUCUCUUGAGUUUAAUUUUUGCAUAAUGGCUAUUUUGGUAGGGAUGAAAUUUCAGGUUAGUAUGCAAAAUACGCCUUACUGAGGCGUAGCUCAGCCGAAUGUCUUCUGGCAGAUUGACCAGGACUCUGGGAGUAUGGCUUGCCGAACUCUUACUCAUGCUGCACUGCAAUGAUAGACUCACUAUUACACACAAAACUAUCAUAGCUAAACACACGAUGUUGCACAGUCCUCGGCUCCAUGACCUUGACUAAACAAAAUGGCACGAUCUACCAAUCACAUUACCACAUCACUCGUCCCACUCCGACCGCCGAGCGUGAAUACUAGCGGUUCUAAAAAUGUCUGUCCUUUCUGCCUCACCCUACACAUCUCUAUAAUUCCUCUAGGCAUGUCAAAAAUCUGUUCUUAAUAUUAAUGAGAGCCAGAGCUAACACUAAUUUUUUUGAAAUUGUCCCAUUCGCAAAGAGCUUCAAACUUAAUGUCAUACCUCAAAAACUACUGAACUUGGAGCAAAACUUUUUCUUUGUUAGUUACCAAAAUAUAUCUCACUUGACAAAGAACCUGAGAAAACAAGGUGUAAUUAACAACUUUGGGAAGAUCUACAUCUAGAUGUAGCACUUCCCAAAGUUGUUCAUUACAUCUCGUUUCCUAUUUGCAAGCUUCUGAAAACUGUGGUUUUAUGCAGUUUCAGUAUUAAAGGGGAAUAUCAGUGCCCUUUCCAGAUAAUGUAAUGUGUGUAUAUAUCCUGUUUUCUCAGUAACUAUCCAAGGUUAUGCAACAAAACUUUUCUAUGAUGUACAGUCAUACACAUUCCUUGAUCUGCUAUCAAGUAUCUAACAUUGUUGGGAAUCAAAAUAUGAAUUUCUUACUGAAGGUCUUGAAAAAGGUACGUAAUUUUUAAAAAUACGGGUAUCAAAAAGAAUCAUCCAAUUUGGCACGUGUUAUGUUUCUGAAACUAAUAAACACAUACAAUGAGUUUUGUUUUUUGGUGAACAGGAAACUCAAACUUUUUUAUACGUUUUCAUAGGUGUUAUGUAUGCCACUUUCGAGAUGCACGGUGUCAGCGACCAUGUCUUGAGUUACAGCUUCCACAGCUGCUGUUAUGCAUUGUCUCAGUUCAUUCAUUGUUGUUGGUAAUGGAGGCACAUUGACAAACUCUUUUAUAAACCCCAGCAAGAAAUAAUCAGUCAGUCAGAUCUGGGGACCUUGAAGGCCAGUAAUUAAAAGCUGAAUCAUUUGGUCCAGUGCGACCGAUCCAUCAUUCAGUAAUCCUUUGAUUUAAAAGUUCCCGCACUUCCAGAUGCCAGUCAGAAAUGGAAUAAUGGAAACUGAAAUCAAGAUGUACUGUUCUGAAGAGAGGAGAGCUUCGUUAUCAGUUCCAAUAUUUUUAAAUAUUGAUACACAACACUGUUGAAUUUCACACCGAUACUGUUCGUAAAUGAUGUCAUUCGAAUCAGUCUCCAACUGUGGGAAAAGAAAGUUCUCAGGCAUAUCGAGAUAUGAGCUUCCUGUAACAGUGUUUUCGGCCAAGAAAAUGGACCGUACACCUUUUGCCGUGAAACUGCACGAAACCCAUUCAAUUUUGGAGAGUCCGUCUCAUGUUGUACAACUUCAUGUGGUUGUCCUGUACUGACAUUACAGCCGUUCACCUUUCCAUUUAAAUCGAAUGUUGCCUUGUCACUAAACACUAAGCAUGAAAGAAAACUGUCGUCCUCCAUCUUGCCAAGAACGAAAUCACAGAACUCCAGAAAUUGUUUUCACCUUCACAAAGAGCUUGCAGUAGCUGAAUAUUGUAUGGUUUCAUGAGUAAACGUUGACGCCACACGGACAUCGGGGUGUGAAACUAUGGCAGAUGCAUUUGACAUCUGUGAUGCAUUCUUGGGUGUGCCCAGGUGAUUUGGCUUCACAGAAAUAACCUGUUACUUGGAAUUGUUCAUGGCAUCAUCUAAUGUAAUGCUCUGUGCUGUAGGAGGAUCCACACCACACCCAGUACAAAAGUCAUGCUGAACAGUUAUUAAUGACUGGCACUGCGCAAAACGUAGAACACAAGACGCUCUCUGUCGUCCCGACACCAUUUUUACUAGAACUGAAGUGGACACACUGCUGCUACGUAGUGGGAACCGCGUAAAACUAGAGAGUUCGCUCUUUACAACAUUGCUCAUGCUGCCAGUAGCUCAAAUAACAUAAUAGUUAGGAUUUUUAAUCAAAUGAUUCUUUUUGAUACACCUGUAUGUUUAUGAUCAAAAUAUAAGUGCUACAUAAAUAUAAUACCACUGUCAAUAACAGGUGAAAAUUUGAGAGCUUUAGCUUAAAUAGUUUUUGAGGUAAUGGGAAUGGGAAACAUUUGCAAAAAGCAGUUUUUUGGAAAUUGCACUUGGAAGUUGACAAAGGAAAACUCUCUGUUGAAUGAAGAGAGACAUAAAACUCUCCAGCUUUGUAAUCUUCUUGAGGAUUAAUCAGAUGCAAUCUCUUUCUGUGUCUGAGGGAUCUAGGACUGCUUCAUUAUUAUGGCCAGACUUAUUUCCAAAUUAAUUCAUAACCUUUACUGUGCUGUAUUUCCACCACUGAAGGUUAUCACAGCAUCACUGACUGCAGCCUUCAGGUUUACCAGCUGUUUUCGGGCACCUUGGUCCGUACAAGUUUGUUGAAAGACACUCUUACAUUUGGAGUUUUUCCUGUGAGGCAUUUCAUCAGCUCAUCUGGAUGUGCCAAUUGCUUUAUAAUGGCUGUAUUACGGUUUCAACAUCUACAGGGGCGGUGUGUCAAUGGGUGUAUUCAGCUCUGCUGCCUCACUGAGAGAAACGGCCAUUUUCACGAUUUUCUUUAGCUGACUUUCAGUUCUUGUCAGCAGGUACAGUUUUGUGUGCAUUCAUUUUUCAGGGUUAACUAACUGUGGUAAAAAAUUGGUACAUGUUUUGGCACGGCGAGUCUGACCGUUCCCUCGUGAGAUGGCAUACGACACUUUGUAAAUGAAAGUGAUAUCACCCGUUCGGCUCAAUUUGCAGCAAAUGCAUUUCCGCCGCAUUCUCCACUGUCGGCUUAGUGGCCACCUGCCGCUUACACUUCUGCGUUCGGGACUGACAUGACGUAUUUAUCGGUGGCAGCCAGCAGCUGGAGCACGUCUUGUCUGCAGGCUAGGGAGCCUCGAGUGUAUAGGAGUAGGCUAGUAGCUGUCUUAGCACUGGGAAACGUAGUUUGUAAUCACGGACUUCUCUACAGAGAGCUGUUACGGCCACCUGCUCCUCACACGGUCUUCGGACGAGAUGUGCUAUACUUACCUGUGGCGGGCAGCUGCUGUAGAGGAAGAGGAGUGAGGCACAAAACUAGAAGCUGGGUAGCUCCGAGUGUAUAGAAGUACGAUAGCAGCUGUUGCAGCACUGGGAAACAGUUGUGAUAACACCCGUCUCUACAGCGAACUGCUACGCCCACCUGUUGCUGUCGUCAAAAUCUGCAGGCAGACAGCCGUAUUUAUCAGUGACGGCCAGUAGCUGGAGAGAGAUGGUGUGAGGGAUGUGCAUAGAAGCUGGGGAGCUCGAGUGUAUAGUAGUAGACAAUCGGCAGUUUUAGCACUGGGAGACAUAGUUGUGACCACUGCCUUCUCUACAGCGAAUUGUGCUGCUUGCACUCAGUCUUCAUGUCAGACACGCCAUACUUGUCUGCAGCGAACAGCAGUUGGAGAGGAAAAGGGGGUGCUUAAAGCUGGGUAGCCCCGAGUGUACAGAAGGAAACCUGCAGCUGUUGCAGCAGCAACAAGCACAGCUGUUGCUUCAGGUCAGACACUCCCCCAUACUUAGUGGCGGCAGCAGUCAGCUGGAGAAGCUCAUGCCGAGGAGCUGGGGUGCCUCGAGUGUAUAGAAGUAAGACAGCAGUUGUCUCAGGACCGGGUCUUCGAUGUCCGUGAUGGUGACCUGGCCGCUGCCAGCGUCCGGUGGCUGCUAGGGCAGCCUAGUGUGCCACCAGUCUCAUCCCACUGAAGUGCUGUUUCCCCUUCUUCUCUAGCAUCACCACGUAAACCGAUUGAUGUCAUGUCUUAUUAUCCUCCGGCAUGCUCGUCUCGAGGAAGGAGCGAGGGAGAAUGGCACGUAGAGUUUCGAUAAGCGUGACUAAAUUCUGACAGGUGUGUAGUGUACUGGCAUUCAGAGUUCAAAAGAUUGGUUUUACACUGAGAAACUCAAACAACAUUGAAUAUGUCGAACUGUGGUUUAUUGAUACUUCUGAAAUAAAACUGCAGUCACUCUACAUCCACUCAUCUUAAAUAGUGUGAUUUCGUGUACAACUGUAAUUGUGCUCAAUGAUUCGUGCAACCUAGCAUCAGAAUCAAUAAGCUACUCCGUAUUGCCGAUUAUUUCAAAAUUCAAUAUUUUAAUACUUAGCAUGGGUGAGUCUUUAAAUUGCCACUAAAUAUUUAUGCACCACACUAUUGUCUACAACACGGCUAUUCAGAUCUGCUUGUAUUCAGGAGAGGCCUGGGCCCAUAACAGAAUGUUAUUCACUAAACACCAUUAAGCCAUUAAAAAAAUAAAGAGCUACGGAAACAGUAUAAUGUGUAGAGCAGACUGUCAACUACAAAACAACAAAACCACAGCCUUCUAUAGUAAUUAGUUCGGAAACAUGACCAUUCAAAUGAGUCAGUGUAAGUGGCGAGGAGGAAAACUGACAAUGCAGAACAUACCCCCAUAAGAAAAAAUCGCAGGGGGUAAGAUCAGGGCUUCUUGGAGGCCAGUGAUGAAGUGCUCUGUCACGGGCUGCCUGGCGGCCGAUCCAUCGCCU